GCUAACAACAUGUGCUGCAGUUGGGUGUUGGCUUUAAGCUUUUUAAUUACUUUAGCUUUGGAGUCUGAUGGAUUGACACCUGGAGAAAGCAAAACUUACACCUGCAAGACCUUUGGCAGUGGGGUCGUACAGCCUUUCAAUGGGACCCUUUUCCACGUUCGCUCGAAUUGCCCCUUCACCCUCACCAGUUUCACCCACAACAGAGUGGACAGUACCAUCACCACGAGGAGGGGGGUGAACGGGCUCCUGGAACAGGUCGAAAUCACGGUCAACAAAGUCACGACCAUUUUACAGAAUGGAAGUGUCCAGGUGGAGGGAAAAAGUGUUCGUUUACCCUAUGACCACACAUACCAGCACAUAUUUCCCUUUGGCAUCUACACCAAGCUGAGGAGUUCUGUGAUCCCACUCUCGGUCGUCUGGCAAAAUGUCCCUGGAGGAAUUGGCAAAUUAUGGGUUGAGGUUGAACAAGAGCUGGAUUCUGACAUGGAAGGACUUUGUGGAAAUCACCUCAGACGCAUCACCGCUGGCAACAUAAAGGAGUUGAUUUCACAAAGCGUUCUGCGUGAAGGAACAUGCAAAAUAUGGGAUCCAGCCUCUACUAUGAACAAGGAUUGCAGAAAGUUUUUAUCUCAAACUGUGGACUGCCUGACGCAAAUGACCCCAGAUUAUAUAAAACUGUGUGAACAAAAUAUUUACAACUCUGAACAAAACGAGUAUGUCAGAUGCUCCUUCUUUCAAGAGGUGAUCCAACAAUGUGGAGAACACAGCCACAUAGCCGAGCAGUGGAGGGACAUAACACAUUGUAGUGAACCUAAGUGUCCUGGUGAGUUGCUUUAUGAGGAGAAGGGUGCAGCGUUUAUUCCUAGUUGCUCAAAUCCAAAAAUCGACAGCCAAGAAGUCACCAGCUCCUGUGUCUGCCCCAACGAUCUGGUGCUUGACGACCAUCAGGAGGGCUUCCAUUGUGUGAAUACAUACAGCUGCUCUUGUGUGUUUGGAAAUAGCCGUUAUGAACCUGGAGAGAUACGCAGCAACACAAGAGAAACAUGUUUAUGUUCUGACGGAGAAUGGAAAUGUACGAGCCAUGAUCUUCCAUCUGUUUGUGUGAUAGAGGGGAACUUUGUCACUACUUUUGAUGGGAAGAGAUACACAGUGGGCAGUGGGUGUGCAUUUGUGGCUUCACAGGGUUCAGACUGGAAAAUAGUAAUAGAGUAUGCAGUUAAAGCAACCUCUAUGAACUCUGUGGAUCUUGACAUUUUUGAGGAAAAAUACAAAUUUGCCAACAACAAGGUUACAUUUGAUGGCAAGGAGAUCUCUGACCUUCAUGAGUCUGAGCAUGCCUUGGUUUUCUGGCAGUCUUCCAUGUUUGUUGAAGUCUACACAGCUUUUGGACUCAAGCUACAAAUCCAGAUGUCUCCAGAAAUUCAUCUCUACAUCAGCCCCCCUCAAACUACAAGUGACACAAUCUCUGGUCUAUGUGGAAAUAACAAUGGAGACACCACAGACGACUUCAGGACAAACACUCGUAUUAUUGAAAACUCGCCUCACCUGUUUGCUCAGUCCUGGAGUGUCAGUCCUUGUAACAAACUGAAUCCUCCUCCUCCAUGCAUAAGAACUGAAUACGAAAUCUUUGCUGAGAAGAAAUGCUCUGUUUUAAACGAUCCAACUGGAAUAUUUGCUGCAUGUCACGGCGAUGUCCCAACUGACAAUUAUUUCAUGGCUUGUGUGGAGAGAACCUGCACCUGUGGCUCUGACCUGCACCAGUGUCUGUGCUCUGCUCUGUCCAGUUAUGUCAAAGCCUGCUCUGCUCUCGGGGUGGAGGUGGGGGACUGGAGGAAGGCCACCAACUGCUCGGUGGAGUGCCCGGGGAACCAGGAGUUUUCCUAUAAUGUUGUGGCCUGUAACAGCACCUGUCGGUCCCUGUCAGGCCCUGACCUGUGCUGUCUGCUGGAGGACGCUCCAGUGGAGGGCUGUGGAUGUCCUGAAGGAACCCACCUGAACAAAGAUCUCAUCUGCAGCCCCAAGUCUCAGUGCGAGUGCCACUACAACGGAGGCUCCACCCCCCCCGGGCCUGCUGUUAUCGACGGGCGACAGUGUUUUUGUGAAGAUGGAGAAUUGAAGUGUUCAGAUGAUUGUGGAUGCACAAAUGGGAAAGUCUGUGUUCACUGCUCGGAUUUUAAAGUGAACACUCUUCAGAAAACCUGUGGCAGUCUCAGCAAACCCACAACUUCUUCUUGUGAGAGCGGCUGUUACUGUCCAGUUGACCAGUUUGAGAAUCAUCAUGGAGACUGUGUGCCUUUGGACAACUGCACCUGCUCCUACAGUGGAAAAGUUUAUAAUGCAGGAGAGACGGUCAAGAGCUCCUGUACAUCAUGUGUGUGCUCUAAUGGCCAGUGGCAGUGCACAGAUGAACCGUGCUCCAGUACAUGUCAAGUUUUUGGGAAUGGACACUAUCAGACUUUUGACUCCAAAUGGUUUCGCUUUGAUGGUCAUUGUCAGUACACGUUAGUCAAGGAUGACUGUGGCAGGAGAAAUGGUACAUUUUCUGUCCGAGUUGAAAGUGUUCCCUGUUGUGACGAGGCCCUUACUUGUUCUCGAUCAAUUGUGCUGGAUGUCAAAGACCAUUUCAGCCUCUCUCUUAGUGACAUGAAAGUGACGGAGCAGGUCCACAGUGCCCUGCACCAACACAGUCCUCCGUACACAAUUCAAACAGUGGGUCUCUACAUCAUUAUAACUGUCCCCACUAAAGGCAUCACUCUGAUCUGGGACAAACACACUUGGAUCACCAUAGAACUGCAGCCACAAUGGAGGAAAGAGGUGUGUGGCCUCUGUGGGAACUUUGACUCCAAUGAGAUGAAUGAUCUUCAAAUAAAGGAUUCAUCAGUGGCGUUGACUCCGGUGGUGUUUGGGAACAGCUGGAAGAGCCCCUCCCCUCCCUGUUCUGAUGUUACGACGGAGAUAUUUCCGUGUGAACGAAACUCGUACUGUGGAGCCUGGGCCCAAAGACGCUGCCGGAUCAUUACAGGAGACACGUUCAAAGACUGUCAUCUUAAAGUGGACCCAGAGCCGUACUACCAGGCCUGUGUGCAGGAGUCUUGCUCGUGUGAGUUUGAGGGGAGGUUUCUGGGCUUCUGUACCGCUGUGGCCGCUUAUGCCGAGGCCUGCAGCCACUGGGACGUCUGUGUGGACUGGAGAACUCCUGAUCUAUGCCCGGUGUACUGUGACUACUACAAUGAGCACGACCAGUGUGUGUGGCACUAUCAAGCUUGUGGUCAACUGCUCACCUGUGGCCAAGACGAAGACUUUACUUAUAAACUAGAAGGUUGUUAUCCCAGAUGCCCUGAAGAGAAGCCGUAUUAUGAUGAACAUACUGGAAAAUGCACAGAUUUGGAAAGCUGUACUUGUUAUUUCAAUGGGACUGUCCUAGAUCCGGGGACCAGGGUCUUAAUAGAUCUGAGAGAAUGCAACUGUCAGAAUGGAAAAAUUAAGUGUACACCUUCCUCCACCACGGCUCUACCUACUACAACUACUACUGCUACUACUACUAUUACUGCACCUACAACUAUUUCUACUACUACUUCAACUUCUACUGCACCAACCACAACUUCAACUACUACUACAACUGUACCCCCCACUGCUUCACCAACUACUACUGCACCAACCACUACUUCAACUACUACUACAAUUAAACCCCCCACUACUUCAACUACUACUACUACUACUACUGCCACACCUGCUACAACUGUACCCCCCUCUACUUUGAUUACUACUACAACUGUAUCCCCCACGACUUCAACUACUACUGCAACAACCACUGCUUCAUCUACUAUAACUGUAUCCCCCAAGAUUUUUACUUCAACUACUACUACUACAACUAUCCCACCCACUACUUCAUCAUCUACUACUGUACCAACUACUACUUCAACCACUACUAGACCUUGUGAGUGUGUUAACUUGAAGACCAAGCAGAAGUGGGCAUGUGGAGAGACCUGGAUAGAGGACUGUGAUUAUGUGACCUGCACUAACAGUGUCCUGCAGCUUACUCCAGUGACGUGUCCAGAAUAUUCCCCUCCCAACUGCCCCAGAGGUCUGAUCGUGAAUGUGUCCGAUGGAUGUUGUGAACGGCCAAUGUGUGACUGCCGCUGUGAGCUGUACGGAGACCCCCACUACAUCUCAUUUGGAGGCGUGGACCCAGAGCCGUACUACCAGGCCUGUGUGCAGGAGUCUUGCUCGUGUGAGUUUGAGGGGAGGUUUCUGGGCUUCUGUACCGCUGUCGCCGCUUAUGCCGAAGCCUGCAGCCACUGGGACGUCUGUGUGGACUGGAGAACUCCUGAUCUAUGCCCGGUGUACUGUGACUACUACAAUGAGCACGACCAGUGUGUGUGGCACUAUCAAGCUUGUGGUCAACUGCUCACCUGUGGCCAAGACGAAGACUUUACUUAUAAACUAGAAGGCCGCUGUGAGCUGUACGGAGACCCCCACUACAUCUCAUUUGGAGGCGUAACAUUUGAUUUCCUUGAUGACUGCACAUAUGUCCUGGUGGAGGAACAGUUCCCUCAGUACAACCUCACCAUCGCUGUGGACAACUACUUCUGUAUUGAAGGCCUGGACGGCUCCUGUGUGAAGGGUGUGAUAGUCAAAUAUAAAGGAAAGACGGCCACGCUCUCCAUUGACUCAUAUGUAGUUCAGGCAUCUUUGAACAGCGAGUUCAUAGAAGUUCCUUUUGAAGAGCCUGGGUUCAGGUUUGAAUCGACGGGAUACGUGACGACGCUGGUCCUGCCUGAGAUCCGCUCAUACGUCAGCCUCACGCCCUCUUUCUCUCUGGUCAUCAGUCUGGCCAUGGAGAACUUUGGCUACAACACACAGGGACAGUGUGGUGUGUGCGGAGGUGAGUCCUGUAUUCGGCCUGGGGGAUACAUUGAAGAAGACAGUUGCUGUGACAAAACAGCUUAUGACUGGAUUUAUGAAGACCCCCAAAAGCCAAAGUGUGUAUCUGCUCCGAGAGACAUCCCCUGUGGUGCUCCCACUCCAACACCCCCCUGUUCCCAUUCACAUCCACUCUGUGAACUGCUCAACGAACAGUGA